CGCAUUCGGAACACCUUGUCUCCCAAUGGCGUUGGGCGUGGUCGUGUUCGUGAUCCUGCCCCUGCCCCUUCCCCUUGCCCUGCCCCCUUUCAUCCCACGAGGCAGAUCGAGAAUUGCUCGAGGUUGUUGGUCGGUCGGUGGUCGGGGUUGCAGUGGGAGGCGAGAAUGUGCUUCCAGCGCCAAUCGCCCCAGCUCGGUCGCCAUCCCUGUGAAGAAGAAGAAGAAGAAGGAGAAGUUGUCGAGGAGAGCUCGAGGGGAGAGAGGGAGUGGGAGUGGGAGUGGGAGUAGGAGGAGGAGGAGGAAGAAGAAAAGAAGAAGCGACGGAGCAUGGCGCAGCAAAAGUGGUCGAGGUGGAUAGUCGGUGGAUUCCUCUGGUCCUCAGCGUAUCUGCUGGUGGGAGUUCUCACAGUCUGCCCUUUCGUGCACAAGGCGAUCGUCUUCCUCUUCUGCUGAUGAGCUAGUUGCGACUGGGUGGGAUCGGAAUCGGAAUGCUCGUGUUGGAGCCCAUCGUGGCUCGAUCAGCAGGCGACGGUGAGGUCUGGUCGAUGGCCGGAUUCGAGUCGUGCUCCGAUGAUUAUUCCCAGAAGGGUGAGGACGGAGCCCGACCACGACGACGAUGGUGGUGAUGGUGGUAGAGAUAGAGAUAGAGAUGCAGAGGGAAGUGCAAGGGACACGGGUUAGCCGGAAGAUUGGGCUUGGCUAGUCUGUUGUAUGUCGCAAUUGAGAGAUGGGAGCUUCGGCGUUGUAAAACUUUGUGAAUGGGAUCAGACAUCAGACGACUAAUUCUGCAGCAGGUUAUGGGUGGCGGGUCGGAGGGUCGGAAGGAAUGAAGGGAGGAAGAAUCGGGUGAGGCGUCUGGGGGAUGAUGAGAUCUGAGAAGACUGUCUGGACCUGGCCCUUCCGCCUUGAGUUCGCACGCAGGCCAUCUUCGUCGCACUGCUGGUCACUUGAUGACGCUCUAAUGAGACGGUUGACAUCUGAGCAUGAUUGGUUCGAGAGCCAAAGUUCUCCCGGGAAUGCAAGUGACACAGUCUUCCUCGAUGAUUAAGGAGCUGAAAGUUCAUCGUACGUGGCGAGCGAUGGAGCUGUAGUUCGGUAGUAUAGUGUGAAGUUGUUCAACUGGAAGUUGUCCUGCUGCUGCUUUCGUCCUGCAGCAGGGGUACGACCAACCCUCCGUCCAUUACUCGAUAGUGAGAGCGAGAUAGCUCAUCGCACUGUGAGGUUUUGGAAAUGAUUCAGAAUUCAUGGAGAACAGUCCUCAGAUGGGUAACGAAAGGGUACUUGCGUUUCCAAUUGUCACUCAUGGAGAAUUUCUGUGUCUUUCCUUCGUGAGACACACACCGUGCACGAGAGAGAGAGUGCACAAAUCGAAAUUGCUUCUGAAUUGUAAGACAGUCCCGUGCUCAGUUUUGUGUGUGAUUGUCGUAAAAAACAUCGCAUGUGAUCAUCCCUUUUAGCUCUCGUCGGAGCAACUAACCAAACGUAUGUCCCUGACAUCGAUGCGAUGGUGUGGUCAACAUUCUGAUCCGCUCUAGUGGGAGAUCUAUUCGAUGGAAAGACAACAAUUAUUCAUCUGAUCGUCUGAUACUUUUACAAUUUGCGUUGCAGCUUUGCAACUAAUCUUAUCACCGUCCACGGUGAUAAGAUUAGUGUUGGUGUGCAGCACCGGGUGUACAAAGUAACGAUGUAGAUCGUACGUAUCUGGAGAGCCUCCACUCGUGCGGGUCCGCAAGAGGGCUGACUCACAUUUAGCCUUAUCCCUUUUCUGGUAGACUCCCUUAGUACCGAGCAGUGAGGCUGGAUCUCAAUUUCUAACGAGGGAAGUUCUGAUUGUAAGCCGUCUCUAGCAAAAGCGACAAGAAGAAUUUUGUGCAGUACAAUCAUGAUGUCUUCAUUUCGGAAGGUUUAACGAAUGGAAGAAUUUGAGUACACUGUUACAUUGUAUGAAUCCGCCAAGACGAAAGCAAAAGUGAAUUUCGUGUCAAGGAUUCAUAAUAUAGCGGAUACUUGAAGACUACUUUUACUCCCAAACUUUGACGGGGGAGAAGGGUUUGACGGCGCUGUCCACCCAUUCU